AUGAAACUAGAAAUCUUAAGCAAAGAAGUGAUCAAACCUGAUUCACCCAAUCAUCUCCAAGCUCUUCAUCUUUCUCUCUUUGAUCAGUUUCUUCCUACAACAUACGUUUCAGCCAUUUUCUUCUACGAUGAUCAACCAAACCAAGAACCGAUUCUUGUCCAUACGCUCAAGAACUCACUCUCUCAAACUUUGUCCCUCUUUUAUCCACUUGCUGGACGUAUCAAAGAAGGCAUAACCGUCGAUUGCAACGACGACUGGACAAAAGCUGCGAAAGGGUUUGCUGACACCGUGAAUCCUGAAUUCGCGGCGUCAGUUUUCUACCCUCCUGCUGAUAUCUCUGUCGUGUUUCCUCCGUUACUCGAACACAAAACAAAAUCUAAGACAAAGAGCUUUGUCUUUGGUACUUUGAUGCUUGAAAAGCUCAAAAGCAGGGCUUCAUGUGGCUUACUUGUGCCACAAGCGACUCGUGUCGAGUCCAUCACGGCCCUGCUGUUAAGGUGUAUAACAAAUGCGAGACGGUCGAAGACAGAGGAGGUCACGGAGUUUGCUAUAACACAUACGAUGAACUUGCGCCCUAGAGUUCCUUUAUCUUUCUUGCCACGCAAGGCAAUCGGAAACUUUUUCUUUUUACCUUUAGUCAAAGAGACAUCAGAGAGUAAUAUGGAGAUUCAAGAAACGGUGUCAAAGCUGCGAAAGACUAAGGAAGAUCUCAAUGAUCUGAUCACAAAGGAUUCAGAAGAGUCGAAUAAUAAUAGUGAUGUGGCAAAAGAGAGAAUCAUAAGCGCCAUGCUGAGCUUUUUGUGUGAGGUAAGUCCUGAGGCAGAGACAUAUGCUGUGUCUAGUUGGUGCAGAAUGUCGUUUUACGAUGCAGAUUUUGGCUGGGGGUUUCCGGUUUGGGUUGCUCCAGGUUUCGUUGGCAAGACUCAGGCUGUGUUAAUGGACGCAAAGGAUGGUGAAGGGGUAGAGGCAUGGGUGACACUACCAGAAAUGGACAUGGCUACGUUUGAGCAUGAUGAUGAGCUGCUCGUUUACGCUACAGUAAGUCCUAGUGUCCUCACCAAGUAA